AGAGCACUUCCUUUAACACGUGCCUCCUCCCAAAAAGUAUUGGAUGUCCAAAGGAAUCCUGUGUCCCCCCUUCUUGAAAGUACAUAUUUGACAGGACAGUUCCAGGCAGAGCCCUCAGUCCAGCGCAGCCUUCAGUCAGGCACAGACUCUCCUCUCCUCACUCUCCUUUUGGACGUUUAGUUGGUGCUGCCAAACAGCAACAAGCAGCCAUGGAUGCCAUCAAGAAGAAGAUGCAGAUGCUCAAGCUCGACAAGGAGAAUGCCUUGGACAGAGCUGAGCAGGCCGAGUCAGACAAGAAAGCAGCAGAGGACAAAAGCAAACAGUUAGAGGACGAAAUAAGAGAAUUGGAAAAGAAAAUACGCGUUACAGAAGACGAAAGAGAUAGACUUUUUGAGGAGUUCCAGACUGCUGAGGAAAAACUGUUGGCUGCUGAGGAGACCGCCACCAAGCUUGAAGACGAUUUGGUGGCUCUGCAGAAGAAGCUGAAGGGAACAGAGGAUGAGCUGGACAAGUACUCUGAGGCUCUUAAAGACGCCCAGGAGAAACUUGAGCUUGCUGAGAAGAAAGCCACCGAUGCUGAGGGUGAUGUGGCUUCCCUUAACAGACGUAUCCAGCUGGUUGAGGAGGAGUUGGAUCGUGCUCAGGAGCGUCUGGCCACAGCUCUGACCAAGCUGGAGGAGGCUGAGAAGGCUGCUGAUGAGAGCGAGAGAGGCAUGAAGGUCAUUGAGAACAGAGCCAUGAAGGAUGAGGAGAAGAUGGAGAUCCAGGAGAUCCAGCUGAAAGAGGCCAAACACAUCGCUGAGGAGGCUGACCGCAAAUAUGAGGAGGUGGCUCGUAAACUGGUUAUCAUUGAGGGUGACCUGGAACGUACAGAGGAGCGUGCCGAGCUCUCAGAAGGCAAAUGCUCUGAGCUUGAGGAAGAGUUGAAAACUGUGACCAACAACCUGAAGUCACUGGAGGCCCAGGCCGAGAAGUACUCACAGAAGGAAGACAAGUAUGAGGAGGAGAUCAAGGUCCUCACCGACAAGCUGAAGGAGGCUGAGACUCGUGCUGAGUUCGCUGAGAGAUCAGUAGCCAAGCUUGAGAAGACCAUUGAUGACUUGGAAGAGAAACUGUCACAUGCUAAAGAAGAAAACCUUGAUAUGCACCAGAUGCUGGACCAGACUCUAAUGGAACUGAAUAACUUGUGAAAGCACAGCCCUCUGCACACACACACUCACACCAACACACACUGUGGUUUUUUUUUUUUUUUGGCUUUUUGUAUUUGCACCUUGCUUACUGUAAACUCUUCUUCAUACACCUUGCCAAUGGUUGUGAAAAUAAAUAAAUAAAACAGCCAGAUGAUGAUGUAAUUGCACAGUCCCUUCAGUGGAACUCAGAGAGCCAAGCUAAGAAGAAGAGAAGCUUAACCAUUCCCUUUGAUGCAGCAUAAAUUAAGAGACUUAUCUUUUUGCAGGGACAGUUUUUAUGUCUUUUAUUACAAAUGUAUUUUUGGCACAUCACCUGAAUCGUUAGAUGUUUUUUUUACAUCUGCAAUAAAGCUGAUUUAGUAAGAUCCAUUGAUUGUGUACAUACCAGAGGAUAAAGUGGAAAUGUUUUGCACUUUGCAAAACUUGUUACCAUGCAUGAUGCAAAUGGUUUCUUUUUUUGUUUGUUUUAUUAAACCCUCACAAGUGUAAGUAUGCACAGGUCACCGUGCCUGUUUGUACGUAUACUGGUGCUACUGUUUUGUUAAAUCUGUUUUGCAUUGCAGUAAAUGGAAUUUUAAAAUCACAUCUUCUCUUACAGCAUUUCAAACUGGUUGUGCGUUGUUUUAAAGUAAACAUUUCAAGUGUUCAGUAUAUCUAAAUUGUACAAUUUAUGAGUUAAAAUAAAAGUACAUUUUGAAAGUUU